AUGGCUGUCAAUAUGGGCCACGGAGACUGUGGUGUGAAAGCUGAGGAGGAGGAUGAGGUGACUCUGCCAGCAGCGCUGCAGGAGGAAGCGGCACGCGAGCUCCGCGAGGACGCGUCAGUGCGUGCCCACGGCCUGCAGCAGAUGCGCUCCUGGCUUCGCACUCACCCGGCCAUCCGCAACUGCCGUACUGAUGCUCCCUUCCUGUUGCGCUUCUUGCGCACCAAGAAGUUCAGUGUGCCGCUCGCGCAGGACAUGCUCGAGCGCUACCUCACUGUGCGCCAGCUCUAUCCCCACUGGUUCCGUGGGCUCGACGUCGACGACCCCGACCUGUCCGAUGUACUCGACAGUGGGUACUUGAUUCCUCUGCCAGAACGUGAUGAACAUGGCCGACAAGUCCUUCUGUCCUGUGCAGGUCGAUUUGACCCUUACAAGUACUCUUCAGGACACAUGGCUCGCUGUCAUAGCCUGGUGGUUGAGGCACUUAUGGAUGAACCGGAAAAUCAGAUUCGAGGAUAUACCUACCUGAAUGAUGAAUCUGGUCUUCUCAUGGGCCACAUCAGCUUAUGGUCAUUCACAGACAUCAGAAGCAUGCUACGGUGCAUACAGAACUCAACCCCAAUGAGGCAUAAAGAGAUGCAUUUCCUUCAUGUUCCACAUUAUGCCAACAAAGUUUUUGAGUUCUUCACUGCACUUAUGAAUGAGAAGUUAAGGUCCCGUGUUGUGUUUCACCCAAGUAUCGAUGACCUGAAAGAAACUGUGAACCCAAAAAUACUGCCAAAAGAAUAUGGAGGUUUCAUUCCAAUGGCUGACAUGAUAGCGAACUUCAAAAAUGUUCUCAGAAGGAAGAGAGAUGUUCUUAAAUCACUAGAUGAUAUGGAAAUCGACCUGAAUUAUAAAACGUCAUACAUUACCGAUUUAGAAGAUGAACUAAGUGGUGUUGCAGGAAGCUUCCGUAAACUUGAGGUGGACUAGAAUUACUGCUGUAUUGUGUAAUAUAUUUUACAUCAAAAUUAAAUCAGUUUUAUAUAAA